UCCGAGGCUCCCUCGCGGGGCGCGGCGCCCGGGUCCCGGAGGCUUCUGGGUAGCGGAUUACCCCCGCCCCCCACGCCGGCGCCUUCCUUUCCGUCCCCGACGCUACCGAGGUCGCACGCGCGAGCCCUCUCCGUCGCCGCUGCCGAGAUGCGCUACGUCGCCUCCUACCUGCUGGCCGCCCUCGGGGGCAAUACCUCCCCCAGCGCCAAGGACAUCAAGAAGAUUCUGGACAGCGUGGGCAUUGAGGCGGACGACGAUCGGCUCAACAAGGUCAUCAGUGAGCUCAACGGGAAGAACAUUGAAGACGUUAUUGCCCAGGGUAUUGGCAAGCUGGCCAGCGUGCCCGCCGGUGGGGCUGUAGCUGUCUCUGCUGCCCCGGGAUCUGCAGCUCCUGCUGCUGGUUCUGCCCCAGCCGCAGCAGAAGAAAAGAAAGAGGAGAAGAAGGAGGAGUCCGAGGAGUCGGAUGACGACAUGGGAUUUGGCUUGUUUGAUUAGAAUCCUACUCCCCUGCAAAUAAAACCCUUUUUAAGUAUC